CGUCCACACCAUCAGCUCCCCUCAGAAAGUCUGCAUUUAUAUUUGCGUUUCACUAUAUAUAUACGUAUGUUAUCUAUUUCUGCGUCUAUAUAAGAAUCGGAAAUAUAAAUUGAAGAUUUUGUGGCGUCUCCGUUUCUCUCUGAUUCUGGUUGUUUGGUUUAUUAUCAUUUUUUCUUGAUCUCCUUGUAGCAAAUAUUGUAAUAUAUAUACAUAUCCAUAUAUAUAGUUGCAGAGAAGCAUGGCGUCAGACCUUUCUAUGAUUCUUCCAAGGGUUCUCAUCGUCUCCAGACGAUGUCUCCGCAAGAACAAGUUCGUAGAUUUUGUCGGAGAAUAUCAUCUUGAUCUUAUUGUGAGGUAUGGAGCAGUUCCCGUGAUUGUUCCCCGAGUAAGUGGAGUCGACACCCUAUUGGAAAGCUUCCAGCCCAUCCAUGGAGUUCUUCUUUGCGAAGGAGAAGACAUAGACCCAUCUCUUUAUGAUGCAGAAGGCUCCGGCUUUUCACCAGAGGAGCUCGAAGAAAUCAAGCAACUCCACUCAAGUGAUACCGUCAUUGACAGAGAAAAAGACACAAUUGAGCUCGCACUCGCAAAGCUUUGCCUAGAAAGAAACGUACCUUACUUAGGCAUAUGCAGAGGGUCCCAAAUCCUUAACGUUGCUUGUGGGGGUUCCCUUUACCAAGAUGUGGAGAAAGAGCUUUCAAGAACUUGCCCUUCGGAAGGGGAAAGAGUAGUCCACAUGGAUUAUGAUAACUAUGAUGGACAUAGGCAUGUGGUGAGAGUGGUUAAGGACACACCUUUACAUCAAUGGUUUAAGGAUUCUUUGGAGGAAAAUCAAAUGGAAAUUAUGGUAAAUAGUUAUCAUCAUCAAGGUGUUAGAAGAUUAGCUCAGAGGUUUGUGCCCAUGGCAUUUGCUCCUGAUGGUUUGAUUGAAGGGUUUUAUGACCCUGAUGCUUAUGAUUCUCAAGAAGGUAAAUUCAUCAUGGGACUCCAAUUUCAUCCAGAGCGAAUGUGCAAUUCAGCUUCCAAUAGUUUUGAUUAUCCCGGAUGUCCAGCAGCAUAUCAGGAAUUUGUGAAAGCUGUGAUUGCUUAUAAGAAGAAGCUUAGUUCCUCAACUCAAGUGCCAAAGACUUCGAAGCUUAAUCAAGAAAUGGAAAUGAAGAGGGAAACAAUUGUUCGAAGUUUUUCUAUUGCAAAAAACAUGUACUGUUCGGGGGAGGGAAUGACUGCAGGCCAUGAAUCUGAGCUAGAAGUUGGAGCAGAAUUUCUAGAGGCAAAUACAGUACUUAGUCUGCAACAAGAGAAGAGGUUGAAGCAAAUGGGGGCAACAGUGAGGAAUGCUUCUGAGUAUAUGAAAAGAUUGAAGGUGAUCGAGGAGAAGGAGAGAACAGCAAGAGCAAUAAUGGGGAAAAUGUCUGUUGCCCAACUCUCUGAACUCUUGUCUUUCUACCACAUGAUGACUCAGAUAUGUUCAGAGGCAAUAGAUAGAAAGCUUCAAAACAUAUGUGAUUAAUGGAUCAAAUUAAACUUCCCCGGUUUCUUCAAUCUUGGUCUAUGUAUAUGUUUGUACUUACAUGAGGCAACAAUGGGCCGGUUGGUUUCUUUUACUUCCUGGUCUUUUGAUGCAUUGUAUUAAUCUUGUAUAAUUUCAGUAAUAAUUAUCUCCUUAGUAUCAUUCUUUACAA